UACAAACACACACACACACAGGGAGUGAAUGUUGAGUCCUGUAGAGCCAAUGAGCUGGGACCGGAUACGAUAUAUCCUCUGGGACAACAGCUACUCUGUUCACCCCCUUCACUUCCACAUGACGCCAUUUACAGCAUAAACCCGACCUCCUCUCCGGAAAGAAGAAAAAACAAGAGCUGAAAAACUUGAAAGCAGCACAGUGUGUGCCAUGCAGCCAAUCAUUCGACUUGCGAGCCGCAACGCGUCUUCUUGAAAAGUCUUGAGCAUUUUUUUUUUCUUCAGUAAACUCCGCUGAUUUUGUUGGAUUCUGUAACUUAUUUUAUUUUCGUGUAAUUAGCGGUUUAACAGCGUAAAUGAAACUAUACUGCGUUCUACUUGGAAUAAAAUUCUGAUGUUACUGUUUCGCGCGAGUUGUGCGGAAAAGUAGCGAAGACGAGGACGCGCGAGUGUUUGCCAUCAUCGGGAUUUUUGUGAAUGAAUCUCCAAAUGAAUUGAGGACUAACCAAAGAGAAAUUCCUACUAGUAGGAUAUACUCUUCACAACACAAAUAGGGGGUUGAGGUGGUGAGAUCACGGACUUCAGAUGUGUUCAAUGCCAGCCGGAGAGUUCCCACUUCAGAGUAAAGAUGGAGACAAGAGCUCAAAAUGGCGGCAGCGGCUCCUCUGGCUUGCUGCGAGCUUUGCGUGACACUGGCAGACCCCAGACUGGGGACUCGGAGCCUUGGGAAGGUCAGGUGCUCUCCCUGGACCAGAUAAGAACCAUCCGCAGCAGCAAUGAGUACACGGAGGGCCCAACUGUGGCGCCUCGUCCACCGGCCGCCCAGCAGAAAACAGACUCGCAAACUUCUAGCCCGACUUCCACCAACUCCAUUGAGCUCUCUGAGCAUAGAAACUCCCCCAGGGCUCAACGAGCCGGACAGCAGAUUCCUCAACAAGCCCCUCAGUCGCCAAGGAGCGGCGUGAGCAGAUCCACCAGUGGCACCAGCGAGGGGUCACACAGCACUGCCAGGGCCAGCACAGGAAGCACCUCAUCGGAGCAAAGACUUUUGGGAAACGAAGGCGGGACGAGCGAUCGGGUGGUGAGGGCGCAGCCUAAACGUUCAGAGCUGAAGCAGGAGGAACUGAAGCCCUUGGCCCCAAGCCCGGGCCAAGCCGGAAACAUCAAGCACUCAAAUCGCUGCGAGGACUGCGGCCGCUGCAAGUGCGAAGGGUGCACCUGUCCUCGGACCCUGCCGUCCUGUUGGAUGUGCGGCCGCAGGUGCCUUUGCUCGGCGACAACAGUAAUGGACUAUGCCACCUGUGUCUGCUGUGUCAAGGGUCUCUUCUACCACUGCUCCAGUGACGAUGAGGAUGUGUGUGCGGACAAGCCCUUCUCUUGCACCCAGUCACACUGCUGCAUGCGGUGGACGGCCAUAAGCGUCCUGGCACUUUUCCUACCCUGCCUGUUUUGCUACCUUCCGGCAAAGGGCUGCGUGGCAUUGUGCCAGGCGUGCUACAACUGCACCAGUCGGCCAGAAUGCCACUGCAAGAACAAAGGCGUUGAGAAAUAAACGAGGCUUGGUUCCUGGAGUAGCACUGGGAAGAUAACCUUAUCUGGGACUAUCUCCCGAGCAGUGGAAAAAUAUUCGCAAAUUGUUGUAGUUUUGGCACUGUAGACCAAGAGGUGACAUUGGAUUGGCAAAAACUGGUUUGAAGUGGUUUGUUUGUCUGUUAGUUUUAUUUUUUUGCUUUUCUCUUAUCCACGUUCUCUCUUUCUGUUUCACUCUUUAAGGGGGGUGGAUUUUGUCGCAACAUCCUUCCCAUGUUCUUUUCAUUUUAAACUGAAGUCCAGAAUGUUAGCCCUAUUGACAUUCAGUAAUAUGACUGAUAAAGGUGACAGACUCCUCUAACUAACUGUUUGUGAAUAGUAUCUGCAAAGUAUGUAAAUUAGCAAAUGAGCUCUUUUUCCAAGAGAUUUUAUUUUUGUACAUAUAAUAUUUCAACUGUGAAAAGCAUUGUGCCAAACCAGUGGCACCUUGACAGAUCCAUAUAUAUGAUGCAUAUAUAAAAUGUGUAUAGGGCUGUACAUUCGUUUUGAAUGUAUAUCAAUCACUCUUUUGAUAUUUUGCCUUAUAGAAGAGAAACCUUACACAAAUUAUCCCUACAACUAUACUUGUAAAUUGUACAGUGACCCUAAGAAAAACUUUAUUUUCUAAUUUCAACACAUUGUUUAGUGUAAAAAUAUUUAUUUGAAGUUUUAAUUAUUUUAUAAAGUAAUAUUUAUUUUGAGAGGCAUCUUUAUAGGCAUCACCCCAACUCUGAGAAACAAAACCUCCUCUGUUGUUGCUGCAAAACAAGGGUGACAAGGGUGUCAAAUCUGAUGCAUAUGUUCACUAUAAAAUAGAAAAUAUAUUAACGUUUUGAAAUUAAACAAUGCAUUUUCUCUGUUCUUUCUGGCCUGCUGUUGACCUUGUUUUUAGCCUUUGAGCACAAAGGCCCAUUUCAGAAAACCUACUGUGUUUUCAAUCGUCUUUGUUUACCCAAUGGAUCUUCUGUCAGGGUUGCAUUUCACUUUGCAUUUAUGAUGAAAGCGAUGAUGUUCGCAGAGCUUCAGUUUCGAGGUCAUCUGAAAAUAAAGCAAGGAAAGUGAUAGUGCACAAUCGCGAAUCAGCAAAAUAGAUGCGUUACAGAGAUUCUAUCGAUGAGAUCUUCCUGCACAAAGGAGAUCAAAUGAAGUUUAAUAUAGCUCACUAGAAAUGCAACAUUUAGUACUGUUGACUGUUAUUUCAUGGAUGAUCUUGCUUUAACCAUGACCAUUUGGAGACAUAGGCAUAAUCUCGACUGGAAAAUUGCAGAACUGUGUUAGUUUGUGUUGUUCUGGUUGACCAAGAAAACUAGGCAAAACUUUAGUCAUGGAAUAGUCACAUGGAAUUAAGUUAUCAAGUUAUGAUUACCAAUAAUUAACACCAGUACAUGGAACUCCAAAUUGCUUGCCUGAUAAAACCACCCAAACAAACUGAUCUCAGAUCAAGAUAGACCCCAGUUCCUUUACAAAGAAGCCCUGAUCUUGAGCCAGACCUUCAGGGGUAACUUCCAGCCUGCGCUGCCAGCAGCGGAUACUGGCUGCAUUUACUUCCAUGGGAAACAUCUGGCACUGGUUUAAUCAUUGAAGUAUGCAAACCACUAGUUGACAUCAGGAGGAUCAGAGAUUGUUUCUGUUGGCAAGUCGUUGUUUGCAACUCUCCCUCCAAUCCUCACUUGUGUUAUGGAAACUGCACUGUGGGAAUAUUAAGAAUAGAUAUGGUAUAUGCAAGAUGCCUUAUCAAUUCAGCUUUUGAGGAAAUUUUCACUCCGAGUUGCUUGUAUACAUUUGUGCAAGUUGUCAUCUUUAACCUUUUUGUAUUAAGAAACUUGAUUGCUAAAACAUCGCAGAUAACUCCGUUUGCAAUUUCACAACUUUAUUUGAAUACGGCAUGAGAAAAAAAUCACUUCAAAAUCAAAACUAAAUAUGACUUUAAAGUUCUCAAAUUCAGGUCCCAGAUUUUACAUUCCAAAUAAAGUGACAUAGAUUUGAACCAAAAGUCUAACUUGUAUGUGCAAAUAUAUGGUUAAUUGCAGUUUAAGUGGUUUUCAGAGUACAAACCAUCAGUUGGGAAACACUCUUUAAAACUAAAGCAGUUUUUAAAAUGUCAAGGUCAUGAUAUUGAUUUGACUUUUUUUUUAUACAGCAAAUGUUUUUAAAAUAAUACAUAUUGAUCUUGCAAUGCAUGCACACCUCUUUUUGUAUAGUCACCAAGUAAAAGGCUGUUACUUUUUCCCAUUUUCUUUAUGACAUGAUAUGUGCUACUGGCAUUCGCACUGUUGGUUCAGCGUGUUGCCGCAUGUUUGUUAUUUUGCUGAGGGUUUGAGUGACAGGCAGCCAGCUUUCACCCCUUGGUAGGGAUGAGCCCCCUUCCCCGUUUAGGUGGCAAAAGAUGGAAAAACAAAACCGUCCCGAUCGCUCGAGUGCGUCGUUUUCCGGCUUGCCUCCCACCCAUUGUUUUAAGCUAUGAAUGGCAGGGCAGCGACGGGGGGUUGGUUUGCUCAAAGCCCUGCAAAGGGUUAAAGACAUUACUUUAAAUGACAAUGGGCCAACAGUUUACCCCCACAUUCGAACCCUUGUGUAUUCACCGUCUUUUCAAUGGCCUGCAGUUAUUUCACCGCCUCUUAAGCCUCUUCAACUACCUGCUUGGUAUUCUCACAGGGCAACCUUUGAGUGCGAGUGUGUGUGUGUGUGUGACAGCACGCACGCGCAUGUUUUCUGCUUUGCGUGCGAGUGUUUAGCAGCCGCUAAAUGUGUUGUUAUGGGUGCAGGCAGCACAAAAGAAGGAUAGAUGGGAAAAAUGACACCCUUUUGAAAGAACUGCAAUUGCAUGCCAAGUUCAAGAGAAAUAGAGAAAUAUAGAUUUCUCCAUUGAGUAGAAAAAUGGGUCAGAUAAAGGCUGGGAGGGUUGACCUCAAUAAACAGACAACAGAUGGGACGGAACUUACUUUGUCUAAAAAAUUAAAACUAGUAUUAAAUGUUCGCCUAUGCCGGAACAUAGUUAUUGUUAAAAGGAAUGGAGUAGACUAAUAGGAAGUUACUUAAUUUGUCAUUGAAGACAUUAUGUACCCGUCUAUUGAUGUUUGGUAUGUUUUGAAAGGGUAUUGAUUACUUCCAUCCUCAUUCUAAAUUUAACCGUGUCAACGAGGACAAGCUACACAGGCAAAGAUUGAUAACCCUGGCUGGUUACCACAGGACUAAACAGGCAAACAAAAAUGCAAGAAAAAAAAAAAGGAGAGAAAAAAAACUGAUACCGUUUAAAGGUAUAGUUCAGCCAAAAAUGUAUUUACCUUAAGAAAAAAAAAUCACCAUCAACAGGCUGUCAAAAUAUGCUGCAUGAUAUUAAAAACAACACAUUCAUGUUUGGAGAUGAAAAAAAAAAACUCACAAUGGAAAAAACAUAAAAAAAAGUUAAGGGGAAAAC